AUGAUUCGCUGUAUUUUGACUACGGUGCUGCUUACAGCUCCUGUGAGCGUCUACGCCCAUCAAUUCGCCGCGUAUGGCGGUAACCAGAUUCCCUUCUGGGCUCAUACCGACGCUGCCGUUGACGAGAUUGACUUGUCGACAUACGAUUUCUCGGGCACAGGCACCUACGCACAUGUUCCAUAUGAAAACUGCUUUGUGGAUGACGGCUCUUCGAAAUCGUUUGAUAUUGCAAUUCUGGGUGCGCCAUUCGAUACUGCCGUUACUGCAAGGCCGGGAGCCAGAUUUGGACCCAAUGCUAUUAGAAAAGCAAGUCAGAGGAAGGCAUAUGGAUAUAGCAUCUACACGGGUCGUGAUCCUGUCCAUGACUGGGCUCGUAUUGUUGACUGUUUUGAUGCCCCAUUAACAUGGCUUGACAACCGUGCAGCACUCAAGACGCUUGAUCAGGCUCACAGGCUCAUCUCUGGACGAUCAACGGCUCACCCCGAUGAAUCAACCAUUCCAAGAAUUAUAACCCUAGGAGGAGACCAUACAACGACUCUUUCGGCGUUGCGUUCCACACAUAAGCGAUGGGGACCGGUUUCAGUGAUUCACUUUGACAGUCAUAUCGAUACGUGGGAUCCAGCUGUUCUGGGCGGUGGUAUAUCGGAUUAUGCAGGCCUAAACCAUGGCACAUUUCUACACAUUGCUCAUGAAGAAGGACUCAUUCUCAAUUCUUCAAUCCACGCUGGUAUUCGCGCUCCUUUGACCCGUCGAAAAGCGGAUAUCCGAAACGAUAUCCGAUGCGGAUUCGAAAUUAUUACGGCAAGGGAUAUUGACACCAACGGAACGCGGGCCAUAAUUGAUAGAAUCCGAGAACGAGUUGGUGAUACCAAUACUUAUAUCAGCGUUGACAUUGACGUAUUGGACUUGGCUUUUGCGCCUGCAACUGGCACCCCAGAGCCGGGUGGCUGGAGCACUCGCGAGCUGCUCACCAUUCUAGCCGGGUUGGAAGGCUUGAACAUCAUUGGUGGUGAUGUAGUGGAGGUAGCACCAGCAUAUGACGAUAACGGCGAGAUUACUGCGAUUGCGGCUGUUGAAGUUGCUCAUGCCAUUCUGGAGCUGCUGAUUGCAAAGGCGGUCAAGGCACCCGAUGACGCAUGA